GCUGAAACGUUUUAACGCAACUGUAAAGUUCAGGUGACUUCAAACCAUAGACUGUCAAACGCACGGGAAGAGCGCCUCUGAUUGGCUGACCUAUAUUCCAGACGUCUCUGUCUGGAUUCUGAUUGGUCAGUUACUGUUUGUUUUGCGCCACAUGACGUAUAAGAAACUUCCUCAGAAAAUACAGUAAACAAAUCUACGGAUUAUAUUCGGUCGCGACAUAUUGAGCACGGCGGCUUGCGUGAAUUUAGGAAUGUGUGAUGCUUUCGGUUGACAUCACACGGUUUGCGCAUUAGAGCAGGUCGACGGGAGGGACACAAAGGAGGGAACUGUAGAAAAAGCGCAGAAGCUUGCCGCUCGUUCGUUUGGUUGAGUGCGCUUGAUUAGUGAAUGCUCAGGCUUCAUGCCGUUGAGUUGAGCACGCUUCUCUUCUGGCGACAAUAUUGCGACCAGCGUUUGUCUUGAAGAAAUCGUUCAUAUUUAGACAUGGUGAAGCAGACCAAGGCCAAAACUUUCCAGGCCUAUCUGGACUCCUGUCACCGCCGCUACAGCUGCGUCCACUGCCGUGCACACCUGGCCAACCAUGAUGACCUAAUUUCUAAGUCGUUUCAAGGCAGUCAGGGCCGUGCCUACCUGUUCAAUUCUGUGGUGAAUGUGGGUUGUGGCCCAGCAGAAGAAAGGCUGCUGCUGACCGGUCUUCAUGCUGUGGCUGAUAUUUACUGCGAGAAUUGCCACACCACACUGGGCUGGAAAUAUGAGCAGGCAUUUGAGUUAAGUCAGAAGUAUAAGGAGGGGAAGUUUAUUAUUGAAUUAUCUCACAUGAUUAAGGAUAAUGGCUGGAACUGAAGCCUUUAGCCUUUGCUUUAACUUUCUGUCCGCUUGCAGCUUCUCCAAGAACGUCAUGAGAUAUGCUUUCUUUUAUAUAUAUAUAUAUCCAUCUAUGAUCUACAUUUACUAUUGUGAGCACCUUUUCCCACACUUGUAUCCCAAUACACCAGUUUUUCAGAGGGGUGGGGGGAGUCUUGAGUGAUUGGUUUGUGUGUGUUUGUGUCUUUUAUAUGUAAUUGGAGGUGUGCUUGUGUGUAAGGCAUACUUGAAAGAAACCGCUAAAAUUAUCAACCACUUAAAUCCAGUUUCAAAGAAUUCUUGAUUUUGACAGAAGCCCUCAAAUUCUCCAAAUUAAGUGCAAUUCAUGAGGUUUGGACAAAGUAUAAUCAAUGUGCCAAGAUCCAAUACCUUUUUAUUCAAUUAAUUUUUACUUUUAAAAAACGAGGUAUUUGUGAACGAGGUAGUGCGUGUGAAAUUACUUUACUGUUUGUGUGUGUGGGGCUUAGAGUGGAUCAUGUGCAAUAUGCGUGUAUGUGAGAGAGUUUGCUUAAAGGAUGAUUCAUGCCUCCAAAUUCAGUCAUUUUGGUUGAAUUCAUCUUUUACUUUACCAAGUCACUGAGGAAUCCCAUCAGAUGAACAUCUGCUCAUAAGUGUGUGUGUGUGUGUGUGUGUGUGUGUGUGUGUGUGUGAGAGCAAACAGCAGGCUUGUUGCUGUAGAGUAGAUGUCCACAGUUGACUGACAUUCUUAAGACACUUCAAUUACAGCUUAUAAGAUGUAAUUGGGAUAUUAAUUUUUUUAUGUUUGUUGUUUCUUGCAUUAUGUCUAUGAGAAAUGUUCUUAGUCUAACAUUGAGCAGCAUGUACAGAGACAUCGAUCUGAUCAUGUUAGAGCAGACAUGCCAUGUAAAUGUGUUUUGAUUGUGUAGCAAAGUAUUUCUUUGAAUGCUAAACCAUUAAAGUGUAUUACAUUAACCUGAAUUCUUUACAUUAAAGUA